AUGCAUUUCAUCAAGACCGUCGUCUCUAUCUUUGCCCUUUCCAGCUUUGCUGCUGCGCAUUUUGCUGAGGAGGCCGAUGCUGGCUUGUCCCGCCGUGCUCUGGCUGAAAGUGCCCACGAUGAAUAUCUCGCCGCCCGUGAGGAGUACAUUGAGAAGCGCGAGCUCUUCCGCCGUCUCGGCGGCAAUGGUACAUGCGGCAAGGCGAGUGAUGGCCGCAAGCACUGCUACAAGAAUGGCGUGCCUUGCGGCCCUUGCGCCUCGAACGCUUCCAAUGGCCAGUACUGCCUCUGCAACCUACGGGUCAAAUAA